CUUUACAAACCAGCAGAAUGAAGGAGGUAAUUGUACUGCUUCUAUUAUACUUACAGAGCGGCAGUGGUGGAGCUGAUAUUCCACACAAGCUCUGGACCACAGCUCUGGGUGGUGAAACCCAGACAAGUCCCUCAGACUUGACUCCAUCUCCUACUGCAAUAUAUGGCUCUGUAAACCCAGUGGCGAUUGUGGAGUCUCCCCAUCCCGAGAUCCAAGCUGCCAAAGGAAGUAUAUUACAGGGAGCCACUUUUGCACCUUUGGACAAGACUCUGGGACAGAAAGCAGGGAAGAAAACCUCUACUCCUACAAGCCAGUCAAACGGACACAGUGACCCUGACAAGGAUAAGAUCGGAAUCUCAUCUAGCAGGAAUGGAACAUCUCUACAGAGCAAUCCUAGUAAGGCCCCUCUCUUGCAAGAGGUCACUAAAAGCCAGGAUUCAACUACAGGGAACAGAUCUCUCAAGCAGUCAGCCCACAGCACUGAUAACACCAGCACCCAGCAGGAUGCCAGCUUCAAAACAUCUGGCUUUGAAACUACCAGAGGAAAGAAUUGGUGUGCUUAUGUCUACACCAGACUUUUACCUACAGUAGUAGUGGACAACCUGGAAACCUUCUCAUCAGCCAGAGCAAAGCCUUGCACAUGGCUUGCUGGAUCCUGUGCUCAGAGGUCUCAGACAGCAAUGCUUCAAGCCUACAGAAUCAAACAUAAAAUAGUGACAUCACUGGAGUGGAAGUGUUGUCCUGGGUACAGCGGACAAAACUGUCAGCCCAAAACUCAACAACAAUUACUUAUACACAGCAACCAGGCUGAAAGCAGCAGAACUGUCAGUGAGAGAACACCAGGAGCUCCACAGGACCCCAGCGAGCCAGCACUUAUUGAAAAAAUGAAUGAGAAGAUUAGCAGACAGGAGAUGAAACUGACUUUUCUACAGAAGAAGGUUGACAACAUUGCUGCUGCCAUGAGUGAUGCGAGCAAGAUGCUUUCCUCUCUGGAAGGCAAAAUCAAUGAAGAUAAGGGCAGAGACUUCCAGCCUUUUCUAAAAGGUCUCAAAUCCAGAACUAUUAAUGAAUUAGUCAAAGGCAUUGUCAAAGAACAGUUAAAAGCAUUUCAAAAUGAAAUGCAAGAAAACAUGGCUCAGAUUUUCAAGUCUGUGUCUAGUUUAUCAGAAGAUCUUGAAAAUACAAAAGAAUUAGUCAAGCAUUUGAAUAAAACUCAAGAAAAACUUGCUCAGGAAAAAGACAGUGGGUCAACAAAGCUGGAUAUUUUGGAGCUAAAGAGCCAUAUGGUGCAGAUAAAAGAGGAAAUGACCCUUAUUUGUGACAAGCCUAUGAAAGCUUUACAGGUAAAGCAGAAAUCCUUAGAAGAAAACUUGGAGCAUCAGCAGUCAAGAAGCGUCAUUUUUUAUGAAUCUCUAAAUAAGACUCUUACUGAAAUGAAAGAUAUGCAUAAACAACUGCUAUCGACUGAACAGUCUUCAGGCCAAGGUAUCCCUUCAGCAGAUAAAGUCGCAGAGUAUAAUGUUACAGAGUAUAUGUUCAUGCUGCGUGAGAAAGUAAAGAAGCAGGGCCUGAUAGUGCUGCAGAUCUACGAUGAAUUAAGAGUCCAGGACAACAAGAUCAGCAAUCUCAGUAUUGCACUGGAAAUUCAGAGAGACUCUAUGCUGGGAGUCUGUGAUGACAUGUUGUCAGCAUGCAGAAAGGAUUUCCAAACACAGCUGGCAGCAGCCCAAGAGAACAUUCUUGUCUUAAACAGAAGUGUCUCUGACCUGAUCCUUCCAUUGGACAAUAAGAUGGACAAAAUGAAUGAGCAGAUUAACGAUUUGUGCUAUGAUAUGGAGAUUCUGCAACCCUUGAUUGAACAAGGGGCACCAUUUAGUCUGACUCCAGAAUAUGAACGAGAAAUUGAAGCUGAAGCAAUCAACAAGAAGCUCGAAAACCUGACAACUGUCAUUAACAGAAUGAGUUCUGCAAUUAAGGAACUUUCCAAAACUCAGGAAGGACUUAAAAAUGAAUCUCAGGCUUACCAGGAACUCUUUGAGAGUCGUAUUAAUGAAUGCUUCAUUGAACUAGAAGAUGGAUUAAACAAGACCAUGAUAGUUUUAAACAAUGCUAUUGACUCUAUUCAAGAUAACUAUGCACUGAAAGGUACUCUAAGUGCCCUGAAAAAUGAGACUAAGGUCUGCUGUGGCAGAGCUGAGAAGCUGGACAGCCUUCUGGCUUUCAUUCCCCAGGUCCAACCGUUGAAUGAAUCCCUCCAGAUACUGCUCACUGACAAAAAGCAUGAAUUCAUUUCACAAGUAGUUCAGUCCCUUUCCAAUCUUCCAUACGAGGGGUCUGAUAAAAGUAUCCUCCACAAUUUCAGCAAAGUUUACUAUAUUUUAAAUGAAACUUCAUCAAAAGUAGGCAAUCAGCAGCAAGAUAUCAGCCGUCUGGAAGAAAAACUAUUUGACUCUGUAGAGGAAUCAAAGGACCAUGAAGUUCGCCUCCAAAGCGUGGAGUCAAAAAUUUCCAAGUUUUUGGCAAAUAACUGUAUCUCACUUAAAAAAAAUAAAGCUGCUUCAACAGAGAAGGAGCAAAUGGUCUCACUUCAACUUCAGACACUGAGUUCUAGGGUUAAGGCUCUGGAAGCCAAGUCAAUCCGCUUCUCGAACAGCAUGCCACUUCUGAACAAGACUGCUCAUGAGGCCUGGGAACUAUGUCAGGAUACUGCCAGCAGCAUCCAAAAAGUGAAUGCAAGUAUACCUAUGCUAAUUAAAAUUGCUCAGCCAGAUAUCCCGCUGCUGCAGAGAGGCUUCAAAGAGCUCAUUGAAUCUGUACUUGAAAUAAAAGCAGAGACUAUCCUGAAGAACUUAACCCAGCAUGUUGACAUGUCAGUGGCAAGUGCAAUGAACAACAUGACCAGACUUCAGAAACAGAUGAAUCCAGUAAUAAAGAAACUGGCUCUGGGGAAAAAAGGCACAGUGAACUUCACCAUGGCAGGCCGAAGCCAGAGAAACACAGAUAAUACUAUAGAUUCAGAACAGUAUUCAGCCUGCGUCAGUUCCCCCUGCCGGAAUGGAGGAACCUGCGUCAAUGACAGAAGGAGUUUUGUCUGUGCUUGUCGUCACCCCUUUGGAGGAGUCGACUGCAGUACGAAGUUGGUGGAUGACAAUUCUCUGAAUGUAGAUUUUUCAAAAGGAUCUUACAGAUACGCGCCGAUGGUGGCUUUUUUUGCCUCUCAUACCUACGGGGUGACAACGCCAGGACCUAUCAGGUUUAACAAUCUGGAUGUCAACUACGGAGCGUCAUAUGCUCCAGCAACUGGGAAGUUUCAUGUCCCGUAUCUUGGGGUCUAUGUUUUUGAAUAUACCAUUGAAUCAUUUAGUCCACAUGCAUCUGGCUAUCUGGUUGUUGAUGGAACAGACAAACUCACUUUUCAGGUUGAAAAUAUUAAUAGUAACAAGUAUACUGACAGAAUCAUUGCUGGAAAUGCUUUAUUAGAGUUAAAUUAUGGUCAGGAAGUCUGGCUUAGACUGGCAACUGGCUCUAUCCCUGCCAAGUAUCCACCAGUCACUACGUUCAGUGGUUACUUGUUGUAUCGUACCUAAAUCAUUCACAAAUAUGAACAGCUACCAUCAUGUGAAGAAACCGGCAUAUGAAUUUAUCUUUAUCUUUAAGUACUUGCUGUCUUUCACAACAGUAAAUUUCUGAAAGUAAUCAGAUCAAUGGCAUUUCAGGUGUCUAUUGGGCUGAUUCUCCAAGAAUUCUUGUGAGCAGCCAUGUACACAUCUACAAAAAGAGUCCACAGGUUAGGGAUGAGGGGAAAAUAAGCAUCCUCCUUGGACAAAUGUGAGUGGGAAGUACUAAUCUAAUUAUGUUCUGCAUUUAUGUUGCAUAAGGUAUACUUAUACAAGACAGUUGAGUAUCAUUUCUCAAGACAGAUCAAAGUUGGUUUUUAUUAUUCCUUUGCAACCUAAAAUCACACCAAAGGUGAUGGCUAGGUCUUGAUGAUUCAGAUGUUGUGUUGCUAUUUAUCCCAUUUUAUCAUGUGAAAAUUCAAAAAUAUAUAUAUUCCGUUUGGAGAAAAGACUUUUUUUCUCAUCUUGCCUCACAUUAUUCAACCAAUGUCUUGAUACAUUAAUGUUUAAUUGGUUCUCUAUUUUAUAUGUAAACAAUAUGAUAGUGAACUGCUUUUUUAUCUAACAAAAAAAACAUAAUAAGAGACAGUAUUUAAAGCUGCAUUUCAUAGGAAAAAUAUUACAGUGGAUUUGAUGAAGACUGUUGCUUGAAGCAUUUAAAACAAAGCUGGAUUUUCUUUAGGUGAUAUGCUUUUGAGCAGACGUGGUUAUGUAGGCUUGAUGCACAUUUUAGCAUGUAAGUUUUGGCCUAUAAUGUACACAAGGUUAAACAAGAUGAUCAUAAUCCUUUGUAACUUUGAAUUCUACAAGUCUAUCAUCUUGUUUGUUUCUGCAUCAUAUUCACUAACUGCUAACGCAAGAUGAAAUGAACUCCAGUCUACAUAAGCCAGGACAUGAUUUUCAAGAGUCAAUUCAAUAAAAACAGCAUUUUCAGGUCACGCUAUGAAUGCCUGUGUGCCUAAAAUGGUAGCAGCUUAAACAACCUUCUAAACAAAAGUAAGAUAACUGAAUUUUAUGUUCGUAUACCAGCAAAUCUAUGCUAAUAUAAAUGACGAGGGAGUGAUGGCCUGGUCAAAUCUUACAAUCAGCUGGAACUUAUUUUUUUCAUAAGGAACACCAAACAGUGUGGUUCGUAAUCUCUAAUUUUUUGCAUUCUGGAUUUUUGAAAUAUUUUCAUUGCUGGAUGAUGGAUCAGGUCUUCAGUUAAUCAGUAUGUUCCAUUGGACUGUAGCAACUUAAAGAAGGUGAAAAUGUUUUGAAGCUCUCUGAAUAUAUUGUUUUCUACUGUCAAGAACUGCUCUUUUAACAUACAUGUGAAUCUUCAGCUUUACUCUUAGAAUUACUUUGUUAUUGUACCUUAUCAGAUCUUAAAGAAGAUGAAUGUCCAAGAAAUAACUGAAAGAGAAUUCUUCCAUGCUGUAUAUACUGGCUAUAAUAAUCCGCAACAUCUUUCUUCUGAUGUUUAAAACUAAGUAGACUAGACUUUGUUAUUCAAAAUUAAAAUGUAUAUUCUUCACUACAAAAGUAAUUUGUAUUGGCUUCUGAAGCUUUUCUGUGGGCAUGUGCCAAUGUACAUCAGCUACCUGCACUAAGGAAGCACACAGCAU